AUGGACUGUGUUGAUGAAAUAACUAAUGCAUGGAAUAUCGAUGUUAAGCUUGAAACCAUCUCUAAUUGUUUUAGAAAAGCCGGCUUCGGUCAAUAUUCUGAAUGGGAGAAAGAAGAUGACAUUCCUGUGGUUUUCAUAAGCGAACGCAUAAAAGAAAGGAGUAAGGAAGAAAUUCAAAUGCAGAAUGAAUAUGAAACUUGGCAAAAUAUAAAAGGUACAGAAGGUGCCACCUUUAAUGAUUUUAUGCAAGUGGAUGACGAUAUUGUUACUUCAGAGUUUCCCACAGAUGAAGAUAUUGUGGAGCUAUUGAGAUCUAAAUCCGAAUUUGAGCAUGAUAGCGAGAGUGAUAUAAAAGAUGAUUUGCAAGAUGAUAUGCUGCAACCAGUUUCAAACGAGCUAGUUGCAAAUUCGUUCAAGAUUUUGCGGUCAUAUUUAAAAACCAAUGAACAUACAACCGAUUCUCUGUACAAUGGUUUAAAUAAUAUUGAAGCUUUUCUUGAAGAUCAUAAUAAAAAAUCCUCUCGUCAAUCCCAAAUAACUGACUUUUUUACUUUAAACGAAUGA